UUCAUACGCCAUCGAUUUUUUUUAAAAGGAAAAGUAAACAAACACCCUUUUGAUUUUGAAUUUCCUCAAAAAUCAAAUACGAUCUCCUCAAGCAAACAAAACAAAAAAAGCCACACUGAGGAACCUGACGGAACCUUUUUUUUUCCACAACCACCACCGCUUCUCCAGGUUCCUCCGCCGCACCUCCCUCUCCUCCGGCGUUUUCUCCGCCUCCAAGCAUAGUUCCUCCGGCUAUAUUCCCCUGGUGAUUGUGCUGAGAACGCGCAGAUGACGAACACAUCAAAGAAGGAGUCGAGAGAUGACACUGUGAGAUCUGUAAUCCGUUUAAGGGAAGAUAAUGAAUAUGUUCGUCUGGUUAUGUCCCAUGAACCUGCUGCAGCUGAAACUGGCUUAUCAGAAGAAACUCAAGUAGAGGUUCGGAGUAAAAAAUUAAUAUGGUGGAUCAAAACAGUGGGAAUUUGCGCUUCUAUUCUCAUCCUUAGUCUCGUUUUCGUAAAAUGGGGAGUUCCAUUUCUUUUCGAGAAGGUUCUUAUUCCAAUCUUGCAAUGGGAAGCGACAGCAUUUGGUCGUCCUAUGCUUGCAGUUGUUCUUGUUACUUCCCUUGCAUUGUUCCCUGUGUUCUUGAUACCUUCUGGACCUUCGAUGUGGUUGGCUGGCAUGAUUUUUGGUUAUGGUCUUGGUUUUGUCAUAAUCAUGGUCGGAACCACCAUUGGUAUGGUCCUCCCCUACCUUAUCGGGCUACUUUUCCGGGAACGCAUCCACCAAUGGUUAAAGAGGUGGCCUCAAAAAGCAGCAGUCCUGAGACUAGCUGGGGAAGGCAGCUGGUUCCAUCAAUUCCGAGUGGUAGCUAUCUUUCGGGUUUCGCCCUUCCCUUACACGAUUUUCAACUACGCGGUGGUUGUAACAAGCAUGAGAUUCUGCCCCUACUUGUUCGGAUCCAUAGCAGGGAUGAUACCAGAAGCUUUCAUCUAUAUCUACAGUGGACGGUUGAUCAGAACAUUUGCGGAUGUGCAGUACGGGAACCAUCAUUUGACAACAGUGGAGAUUGUUUACAACAUAAUCUCUUUGAUCAUUGCGGUUGUAACCACAGUAGCUUUCACAAUAUACGCCAGAAGGGCUCUGAGAGAGCUCGAAAACGCAGACUCGAACGAGGAAGAAGGAUCGGUCUCCAAACAAUCUAGAGUCGAGAUGAAGACCGUCCGAUACAUCGGGAAUCAUAAUCUCGGUCCAUCGCCUGCAUUGCCCUAACCCUAGAUUCCGACGAGCACUCCACCCAUAUGUACAAAGCUUGAUUUUGAUUCGUUUUUAGUUCGGUUUAGAUAACAAAACACACACAAAAAAGGGGGCGGGGGAGGUAAGAAAUCUGAUGUAGGAAAGAGUCAAGAGGGAGGGAAGGAGGGCUUUGUAUUUUUUGGAAGAAUGGGGAAAUGGUGAAGGCACAUAGAAGGGAAGCAAAGCCCUUUGGGGACAAACCCAAAUUAAUGUUUUCUUAAUGAUUGAUCCUUAAGAAAACAUUUAGAAAAAAUCAUUAUGAAUCAUAAAGUUUCUGAAAUUGAGUACUGAGUUUGGUUUGAAAAGAUGUGUUGUGUUUGGAUUU